AUGACGGUGGUGUUCCACAGUGACGCUAUCGUCACCAACAUCGGCUUCUAUGCCUCCUAUGAGUCUCUUGUGCAAGAUGAGAAUAAUACUGAUGUGGCCCUCAGGCUGGCCAAUGGCAGCCACCGGUGUGAGGGCCGCGUGGAGGUGUACUACAACGGCAGCUGGGGCACGGUGUGUGACGACGGCGGGGACCUGCGCGAUGCCCAGGUGGUGUGCAGGCAGCUGGGCUGCGGCAGGGCAGUGGCGGCCCUCGGGCAGGCACAUUUUGAACGAGGCCUGGGCCCCAUCACUCUUGAUGACAUUGAAUGUGUGGGGACUGAAGCCAGGCUGUGGCAGUGCCUGCACAGUGGCUGGUUCGCUCACAACUGUGGUCAUCAUGAGGACGCCAGCACCAUCUGCUCAGCCUCUCAGCCUUACUCAACACCAUCAGUUGCUGCGAGUUACCCAACUUCAGAUCUGCCGGUGGUGAGGCUGGCCAAUGGGAAGAGCAGGUGCGAGGGCCGCGUGGAGAUCCUCCACAACGGCGCCUGGGGAUCUGUGUGCGACGACCUCUGGGACCUGCCCGCCGCCCAGGUAGUAUGCAGGCAGCUGGACUGUGGGGCAGCCGUGGCAGCCCCGAGGAGAGGUCUGUUUGGCGACGGCUCUGGCCCCAUCUUCCUAGACGACGUGAGGUGCACAGGCAACGAGAGCAGCCUGGGGCAGUGCCGCCACCUUGGCCUGUCCGUCCAUAACUGUGGACACCACGAGGAUGCCGGAGCUGUCUGCUCAGCUGGUGAAGUUGCCCCAGAAUCAGCAGAAACAGCUCUCACAGUUGGUAAUCUUUCUACUUUUUCUUUUGAAACUUCCCGGUUGUUGAAUGUGUCUAUGGUAUUCCCUAAUAGUACAGCCAACUUGCCUGUCAUCAGGUUGGUGGAUGGGAGGAGCCAGUGCGAAGGACGCAUUGAGGUCUACCAUGAUGGCAGGUGGGGAACCGUGUGUGAUGACCUCUGGAGCAUCAACGCCGCCCAUGUCGUAUGCCAGCAGCUGGGCUGUGGAACUGGCAUCAGUGCCCCAGGAAAUGGUUACUUCGGGGAGGGUGUGGGGAGCAUCUUCCUGGACGACGUGCAGUGCCAAGGCAACGAGACCACGCUAGGGCAGUGCCACCAUCUGGGCCUGUCCGUUCACAACUGCGGCCACCACGAAGAUGCUGGAGUUAUCUGCUCAGUUCCUGCUUCAAUUCCAACCACAGAGUUGCUUCGUAUAACAGGUACAGACAUAACUUCUGCUUCGGAAGAAGUCACUUCUUCAGUUGGUAAUGCCCUUUGCCCACUGCACUGCAAAUACCAUACUACAUCCCAGCUAGCACACCCAGAUGCACACAAAGGGGAAUUGAGUUCUGAUAGUGUUAGUGCUUGCCCAUUUUCUGAUCAGUUCUCAGUCAAACUGUUGGUCAAACCAAAACCUUCUUCAUUUGCAGAUAUAGCUCCCACUUCAGAUGAAGCACUUCCUUCACCAGGUGCGUUCCAAGUUUCUAGCAGCAGCCUUGAUCUCUCUUCAGCUUCAGCAGAAGUGAUGUCUCCAACUGACUCAUCUUCAUCUUCAGAAGAAGCCUCUCCCACAGAUCUCUCUUCAGCCUCAGCAGAAGUGAUGUCUCCAACUGACUCAUCUUCAUCCUCAGAAGAAGUCUCACCCACAGAUCUCUCUUCAGCCUCAGCAGAAGUGAUGUCUCCAAUGGACUCAUCUUCAUCCUCAGAAGAAGUCUCACCCACAGAUCUCUCUUCAGCCUCAGCAGAAGUGAUGGCUCCAACUGACUCAUCUUCAUCCUCAGAAGAAGUCUCACCCACAGAUCUCUCUUCAGCCUCAGCAGAAGUGAUGUCUCCAAUGGACUCAUCUUCAUCCUCAGAAGAAGUCUCACCCACAGAUUUUCAUUCAUCUGCAGCUACGGUCUCAACCACUGUGACCUCCUUACCAGAUCUCUCUUCAGCCUCAGCAGAAGUGAUGUCUCCAACUGAUACAACUCCCAUUUCAGAUGAAACACUUUCUUCCCCAGCCACAGAUUCAGUUUUAACAAGAGUGCCACCAUCGCCAGACCUGCCCCUGCGCCUGGCAGGCGGGCGGAGCCGCUGCGAGGGCCGGGUGGAGGUGCGGCACCACGGCGUGUGGGGUACGGUGUGCGACGACCACUGGAACAUCAGGAACGCCCGCGUCGUGUGCCGCCUUCUUGGCUGCGGCCGCGCNCUGGGCGCCCCGGGGCGCAGCCGCUUCGGCCCGGGCACCGGGCCCAUCCUGCUGGACGACGUACGCUGCGCCGGCACCGAGGACGCGCUGGAGCGCUGCGCUCACCGCGAAUGGGCUCUGCACAACUGCCGGCACCUCGAGGACGCGGGCGUGGUCUGCGCAGGUCCAGCUGACUCUGUCGUACCCACAGACAAUGCCCAGCUCUCCUGCUUGCCUCACCUCUUCCAAGCCGUCAUUGACCGAGGCUAUCUCCGGAGGCUGGGAUACUCCUCCUGGGACGUCCAUUUAAAUGACAAGCUGUGCCGUCCCCGAGUCACAGGGCAGUACCUGAUCUUCAGCAUUCCCUAUGGACGCUGUGGCACUUUCCAGCGGGAACACCUGGGCUCCCUCAGCUACUCCAACUCCAUCAGAGGACGAAUCCGGGGCCAUCCUGGUCGCGUCAUUGUACGGCAUAAGGUGCCCCAGCUGAAGUUCACUUGCAGGGUGAAUGGUCCAUCCUCAGUUGAAGUCGUUCAUGGGGCCAACAUCCCGAAGGCGGGUGCCAGUUAUGAUGUGUCUGUAUCAUUCCUCCUGUCUCCUGAGUCCGAGGAUGAGGGGGGCAUGGCGCCAUACUAUGCCAGCCAGAAGAAAGAGGUCUUCCUCCAGGCCACCCUCCACAGUCCUGAUCCCAACCUCAGGCUCUUUGUGGACACCUGUGUGGCUUCUCCAGAUCCCCAUGAUUUUACUACUGUCAAGUACGAAUUGAUCCAGCAGGGGUGCAUUAAAGACAAGACCUAUGUCAAUCUCCACUCCAGCCAAAAGAAUGUGGCCCAGUUCAAGUUCAACGCCUUCAGCUUUCUUGACAGCUACGACGUGGUCUAUCUGCAGUGUAAGGUUGCCGUGUGCAAAGUGGGGGACUCCUCUUCUCGCUGCUCCCAGGGCUGUGCAGGGCGGAACAGAAGAGAUGUGAGCCCCAUGGACACCAAGGAAGAGCAGACUGAGCAUUUCCAAAUGGUGGGGCCACUGGCUAUCCACAAAGUGACUGGUCAGAGCAUGACUCUUCCAUGAUUUCUCCAGUUUUCACAUAAAUCUAUUAGGAAUUAGGAAGCAGAGUCUAUUUUUCUUCAGUAAAGUAGUGUCUGACAAUUCAGAAGUUACCUGUGUAGAGAUGGUAAAAGAAACUGCUAGAGGGCAUUGCUUCUCUCGGGUUUGUUACUAAAUAAAUCUCUCAUUACUGAACUUAUAAGGCAGUUGCUCUCUUUGGUGGCUAGAAAUGCUGUGCUUUCUAAGUCUUCACUAUCAGGAACUCGAUUGUUACUUUAAAAUGUACAAAAUGUUUAAAAGAGCAGGGUUAUUUCCCUGUAUUCCAAUUGAAGAAUUCUUAUUUAAAAUUUGAUUCUUUAAUGUUCAUUCAGAUGCUAGUAGGGAGAGCUCUG